AUGGUUGUAUUGGCCAAUGGUAUCAAGCGGGAUCUAGUUGACCUUGGAUGUCAACACUUUAGAAUGUGGGAAGAGUCAUCGAGGAAGAUCAAGGUAAAGCUAAUGCUUAGGGGUGAAAACUCUUCAAAGAAAUCCACUUGGCUCUUGAAGCCAAUUCUAACAAUCAAACGACAUGGAAAACAUUCUUCCCUCUAUGAAGUUGUUCUAUUUGUCAAUAUAGAUAUCUGGUCUAACUCCAGGAAGAGCAAAUGGUUGAUGAUGGGUAAUGAACUCUCGUUCAAAAAACAAAGAGGUUGGGGAGAAGUUGAAGAUAUUCCCGACAAGGUUGAUUUAGGACGAAAUGUUUCUUAG